GAUAAGAACUUUUGAUCGAACCUUAUGUUGUUCACUCACAUCAGUAUUGUUUAAUUGGUUGAGAGUAAAACAUUUACAAAAAUGAAAUUAUUCAUAAUUUUAUUUGUGUUUGGAUUAUUUCAAUUGAUAUACUGUGAACAAAAAAACAAAGAUUACUAUGAUUUGAAUGACAGCACAGAACAUGUCUAUGUGGUGCAGCUAAUAUUAAAAAAGUUGGGUGAUUUGUCCAAAGUUACGUCCAAAAUUGAUGCCAAAAUGGAAGAUAUAAAUAAAAGGUACCUUGAGGUGGAGAACAAGUUUAGCGAAGUGGAUAACAAAUUCAAUCUGAUUUCGCAGCAAUUUGACAAUUUUAAAACAGUAGUUUUAGAACAAAAUCAGAAAAAUGAACAACGCUUUGAAGUAUCGGGCAAAAUAUUUGCAGCAUUGAAUGAAAGAGUCAACGAAAUCAACGGGUUGCUUGAAAAAUCUGACAGCAACAUUCUAACUUUUAAAAAUGAGACUUCGAAUAUUUUGAAUAACCAAACAAAAGCUUUGGAAAAAAAUGGAAAUCGAAACUCAUCAGGAUCAAAAAAGAAUUGACGACCUGGAAGCCCGCUUGAAUCUGACAAGGAAAGAAAACUCAAUAUUUAAAAGUGAUAUUUCCAAAACUAUCGGUGAACAAAACGAUGCCUUCCGAACGGAAUUAAAUAAAACGGUUGCUGAUAUUAAUAAAUUGAUCGGUAACUCAAGCAAUGAAUGUUUGGAGUUCAAAACUGAAAUUACCAAAACAUUAAAAGAGCAAAAAUCAACAUUGGAACAUUUGCAAAAUAAGGCUAACAAAGAUCAAAAAAGUAUUAGCGAACUUAAAUCCCGCCUGGAUGUAUCAGUCAAGGACUAUUCAACAUUUAAAACCGAUAUUUCCAAAACAGUGAAAGAAUAUAACGACGCUUGCAAAAAAGACUUAAACAACAGAAUUGCAGAUAUCAAUAAAUUGCUUAGCAAAUCAGCUAAUGAAGUGUUAGCUUUUAAAAAUGAAAUUGCGAAGACCUUAAAUGAACAUAAAGUAAACCUAAAUAGACUGGAAAAUAAUACUCUCGAGUAUCAGAAAAGGCAAGAGACUCAACUGAAAAAUCUUUGGGAAAAUGGUUCCUUAGACAAGAAAUCCGAUUGGACUAUUGUUUUGCGCCGACAGGAUGGUUCUGUUAAUUUCAACAGAAACUGGGCAGAUUAUAAGGCAGGCUUUGGCAAUCUAAAUUCUGAGUUCUUCAUCGGAAUGGAAGCUCUUCACAACCUCACCUCAAAUGGUUCACCUCACGAAAUGGUUAUCACAUUAAAAGAUUUUAAUGGAGUCCAAACCUUUGCCAGAUAUGAUGACAUUGUCAUUGGCAGCGAAAAAGAACAAUACGAACUGAAGGUGUUGGGUGUACAUAGCGGCAAUGCCGACGAUUCACUGAGACAUCAUGAGGGAGAGAAAUUCACAACUCGCGAUCGAGACAAUGACAAUUCUCCUAAAACUAAUUGCGCCGAGACCUUCAAAGGCCCGUGGUGGUAUUACCAGUGCAACCCUAGUAGUCAACUCUUCGGUCCUUAUGAAGGCCAAGCACAUGGACAACGUCUCCGGUGGAGUCUUAAUAAGUUACACGAUUUAAAAUAUGUUGAAGUUAAAAUAAAAAUUAAAAUUAAUUUUCACAUGGGUCAUAGGCUACUUUUUAGACCGCUGAAUGAUUUAGGGGGAGAACUUCUACGAGUAUCACAAAUCUUAAAGUAAAGAAUAGUUUUAUGC